UUCUGUCUGCUCUGUUCUCUCCCCAGCCCUUCGCCAUGGGUAACGUCUUGGCUGCCAGCUCCCCCACGCCCUCCCCUGGCAUGCCCAGUCCUGGCUCUGGCCUGGUGUCCAUGCCACCUGGCUUCACCAUGCCUCCCGUCAGCGGGCUGGGGCCCCCUGUGCAGGAGCAGCCCAAGGAGAAGGGAGAUGAGCUGCCCAACCCUGGCACUUUUGAAGAAUGUCACCGCAAGUGUAAAGAACUGUUCCCCAUCCAGAUGGAGGGCGUGAAACUGACAGUGAAUAAAGGUCUUAGCAACCAUUUCCAGGUGAAUCACAGCAUCGCCCUCAGCACUGUGGGAGACUCCAGCUACCACUUUGGGGUUACCUACGUGGGCACCAAGCAGCUCAGCCCCACUGAGGCUUUCCCAGUGCUGGUGGGUGACAUGGACAACGGUGGCAGUCUCAACGCGCAAAUCAUCCACCAGCUGUCCACCCGGCUGCGGUCCAAAGUGGCUUUCCAGACACAGCAGUCCAAGUUUGUGAACUGGCAGGUGGAUGGCGAGUAUCGGGGGCAGGAUUUCACGGCAGCUGUGACGCUAGGAAAUCCCGACAUCCUGGUGGGCUCAGGGAUCCUGGUAGCCCAUUACCUGCAGAGCAUCACACCCUGCCUGGCGCUGGGCGGAGAGCUGGUCUAUCACCGCCGGCCAGGGGACGAGGGCACCGUCAUGUCUCUGGCUGGGAAGUACACAUCACCUAGCUGGAUUGGGACCCUGACGGUCGGGCAAGCUGGGGCCCAUGCUACCUACUACCACAAAGCCAAUGAGCAGGUAUGUGGCUCCCAGGCUGGGAGCAGGGAGAUGUGGGGGGGGGCUUUGCUGGGCAGCACCGCUGGCGUGUGCUGCACCUCCAGCAGCAGCCAGGCGGGACUCAGGCGGCAGGAAGAACAGAAGGACAUGAGAGAUUGA